CUCUUGGGAAAGAAUGUGUCAUUUUGUAUCGCGCCUCCGUUGGACACCUUUUUCAAUAUCAAUCUAGCUGGCAGAAAAAAAAAUAUAAGAAAAAAAAAAUCGGACAAACGAACUCUAAUACGAAAACCAGUCGCAGGAAAUAUUCCAACAACAACCGCCGCGCGUUCGAAUAAGGUUUUGAACAACUGGGCUGUCUUGGCUCUUUGAGACAUCGGGACACUCGCCGCGGCUGGUGUCGGUGGACCGCAUAUUUAGGAGGAAACUAGUUUUAUUCAAUCGCGCGAGAGGUCUGCCUUUUGCAUACUUUCGAGUUGCGAGCAGCAAAUAGUGCGGAUAAAGUGUUUCAGUGUUUAUCCUCUCGGCGCCCGCCAGUUGUGUACUACAUACCACUCGUUUAGUGGGGCACAGAGAUCUGGAAAGGUUUUUUUUUCUGUUCGUCCGCUCAUCUGGGUUCCAAAGCGCUUACGAAUGCGAUAUGCGCUGACACAUAAAUAUCGCUGAGUUAGUUGCUUCAAGAUUCAAGGCAUCGCGCGGCAGGGGAAAAAUUCAUUACGCCAACCAGUGCACGAGAGGAGGUUUAUGUUAUUGGAAAAAAAAUUCAGUGAAUGAGAGCAACUUGAAAUUGUGCACACACAUCACCGCUCGAAUCACAGAUUGAAUAAGUGGAAGGAAAAGUGGAUGGAUUUGCGGUUUGGUUCUCCUGCAUCCGAGCCGAGGUUUUUUAGAUUUGCCUCGCGCGUCCCGAGGAAAAUGCUGUGAGGGAGGAGAGGUGUGGUGUGGAAACGUGUGUGCCGCGAUUUUGCGAGAUCGACGAGUGAGCGAGUUUCGUAUCAAAGGGGGUUCCAGUUGGAGAAGGUCAGUCGCCAAACAGGAGAAAUGCACGGACAACUGCUUUCCACAGCGUCAACAAAUCAAUUCGCAGUAAGAGCAGAAACAGCAAUAGCAGUACCAACAGCAUUGGCCACUGCAAUGCCACAAUUGUCACCGUUAGUGGAAAUUGUCUCGUAGAAACCUGGUCCGGAAAGUGCUAUGGAAAAGGUGAUUCAGGAAAUCAUUGCAUGUGAUUACUAGUUGGAGCAAGAAAAUAUAUACCAUAUUCGGUGCGAAAUAGAGUGAAAAGUGUGACAAAAAGUAGAUUAGCUUGCAGCAGCUAGAGAAGAAGCAAAAAAAAGUUAUCUACAGUGUACAAAGUCUAAUAAGAAAGCGAUUGUGUGAAGUGGGCGAAGAGAGUGAAAAAAAAAGAAAAAAAGUAAUAUAGGUACAAACCCCCAAGCCGUGUUUUGUUCAACGCGUUUCGAGAAGCAGCCGCACUGGAGGUGAGGAUAAAUUAUGCCAAAAAGUUCCAGCAAUGCAGAUUUACCACUCGGCUGGGAGAUUAACACGGAUUAUGACGGGAAGGUUUAUUUUAUUGAUCAUAUUAACAAGAAGACCACAUGGAUCGAUCCUCGUGACAAACUCACCAAGCCAGAAACCUUUGCCGACUGCAUCGGAAAUGAGCUUCCCUUCGGCUGGGAGGAGAGCUAUGACUCGCAGAUUGGGCAGUACUACAUCAACCACAUCAGCCAGUCGACCCAGCUCGAAGACCCCCGGCUGGAGUGGAAGAGUAAGCAGGAGGAGAUGCUUCGCGAGUAUCUUUGCUCCGCACAGGACACACUGGAAGCAAAGAAGGAGAUUUUCAACGUGAAAACCCAGCGACUGCAUCUGGCACAGGAAGAGUACAACCAUCUGAACGCUCUGGCCGCCAGCAGAACUAGUUUGUGUUCUUCAACGAGUUCUUGUAGUACAAAAUUCGAUCCGGAACUGUUACGGGCGGAUCUUGCUCUAGCCAAGGAACGUGUGUUUCGCCUGAAGAAGGAGCUGUCCCGGAUACAGAAGGAAAUGCAUAAUACUCAAAAGGGUGUCGACACUCUGUCGGGUGUUGAACAGAAGCUCAACUCCCACAUCAACGGCUGCUACAACAUAACCGAGGCGCAGGCGAUACUGGAAGAGGUUAAGAUGAUCCAGAAAUCGCUGAUCACGGGCGAGAAGGAAAAGAAGGAGCUAAUGAAGAGUCUCGCCCAGGUCAAGGACGAUCUGACGAGACUGCAGCUGCGGCAGGAAAGUCCGGACGCGUCCACCUUCAAUCUGGCCCAGGAUCGUGUAUGCGCGGCUUCGCAGACCGACCUCUCGUCCGAGAAUUUCCCCAUGGGGGCACGGGAGAUGGCCAAGAUGCGCCAGCGGUACGACGAGUGGCGAAAGCGGGUGAAAGAAAUACAGGAAAAGCUCGCCGCUCUCGAGGAGAAAAUAAGGCCCGGAGAGGUUGAGUCCGAUCAAGAUCGGUUGCUCCUGUUUCAGGAGAAGAAACAACUGCUACUGGAAUACCGCAGCAUUACCCCGAAAUCACGAUCGCAAACCGAGUUCAAACGGAUACAGGGCGUUUGCAAACAACUUGAAGCGGACCUUAAUAUGGCUUACGAAGAAUCCAACCAGUGCAUAGCGAACAGGUUGAAACUCCACGAGGAGAAACAAGCCUUGCUGCAGCAGUUAUUGGAAGCCCUCAAGGAAUUCACCCAUCUGGAGAAUCAGCUCAAGUCUCUGUCCGCCAGCACGCUGUCGAUCAGCAGCAGUUCCAGCCUGGGUUCCCUGUCGACCGCCAGUAGCAAAGGCUCGUUGAGCGGUCUCAGUUUCACCGACAUCUACGGCGAUCCUCUUUCUACGGAGCCCCAAAUUGACAUGGUCGAUAUCAAUAGACGAGUGCAGCGACUGUUCCACCCUAGUUCGGAAAUGUCGCUAUCACCGCGAAGUAGCUUCUCCCUGGAGACUCCUCCCGCUUCUCCAAUGAAGAUGGAAUGGAACGGCAGCGAAGCCCCGUACAAAAGUUCCGCUCCGUACAACGUUCCUCCCGCUCCGAAUUACCCAUCGGACUACAAUCUGGACAAACAGCGAUUGGAGGAGCAGCUGCAGGAUCUUAAGAUACGCCAGCUCGGAACGGUCCCACUCUCGCCAAUCUACGAGAAACCUUCCUACCUGGACAUCCCACCGGCGGUAAUUCUCAGUCGAUCCUCGUCGACUUCCAACACCCGGUCCGUGUCAACAACGGUCAGCGACGAAUCGGUUGCCGGCGAUUCCGGAGUGUUCGAAGCGUCCCGCAUCCUGCUAAGCAGCAAAGAGUGUGCCCAGAUCCAAAUCGGCAUCCGGUACUCCACGGUCGAGCACACACUUUGCAUAACAAUCGAGAAGGGGCGAAAUCUGACGGCGCUGAGCUUGCCGGAUGGCUGUCAGCUGUUUGUGCGGGCGAUCCUGCUGCCCGGCACAUCGACACCCUUCGUGCGCACCAACGCCGUCACGGACUUUGUGAAGCCGGUCUUCAAAACAAUGCUGAUGGUACAGCUGCCGCUGGAAAAGGUCUACGCGAAAUCGCUGCACGUGAAGGUGAUGAUCAUCGUGGGCCAGCGGGAGGAUUGGGUUGGCAGCACCCAGAUCAGCCUGGCGGAGUUCAAUCCGACCGAUGCGACCAGCAAGUGGUACAAUCUGAUCAGCAGGAAGUCAAUGAACGAAUCCGAAUCGCUGGAGGGUUGCGCUAGUGGCAGCGGUGGUGGCAUAAAGGAGGAAUCCUCGGAUGACUCCACGAUCAUCUCGUCGCAAACAUCGACGCUGACCCGGAACCAGGGACAGGAGGAACUGCAAGCGGUACUGGAGACGUACGAUGACGACCUGGAGCACGAGGACGUUGAGGAUGAAGACGAGGAUGACGAAGAAGAUGAAGAAGAGGAAGGAGAGGAGGUGGAUGAGCCCUCGAAUCAAGCUGCUACCCAACUGAUGCUGGAGGAGUACAUGAACAGUGUCAAGGGAACGAUCGCUUCCGAGAUCGAUGAUGGAGCGCUGAUGGCGACACUCGUGGAGAAAGCCGAUAAGGAAACUAACACCGAGUGUGCCUUCCUCCCGGAGAAAGGACGUCGGCGACUGAAUGAUCCAGCCCGUAAUGGCAGCAGUACGAUCGAUGAGAAUAGCGUCGUGGACGAUCGUCUGGUCAAGCGGUCGCAAACCUUUUCACCUAGUGCUGUUGCCAGCAAGGCUCGCUACAUCUGUCGAUUGAACCGGAGCGAUUCGGACUCUGCCAUGCACUUCAAUAACCCUGUGACUCCCCAUCCCUUCAAGCGAGGGGCCGUCGAGCGAAGAUCGCUCAGGUACCACAGUCGAACACCCAAGAGUCUGUAUCAAAAAAUGCACCCUGCCGUUCCCCGCACCAGUCUGGAUCUGGAGCUGGACUUGAAGGCACAGCAGACCAAGCUGGAAACCCUAACGGAUGAGAUCAGUCGAUUGCGGGAUUUGAAAAAGCGACUCGAGCUCGCGAGGGAUAACAACGACGUCAAGGUGGCCACAUGGGCGCUGGAGAACGAAGAUUUCCUGAAGCUUAUCAAGAGUGCCGGUGGUGCCAUCACGCCGGAAGAGAAGCACAUGAACAAGUUGCUUCACAAAACCUCGAAGGAGAUCUACAAGCUACGAAAAACCAAAGCCGGCAAGGGAAAGCUAGACUUGAUCUCGUUCAAGGAAAAGAUGGCUUUCUUCACCCGCCGGGGUAUUUCCGUCCCAGAGCUGCCUGCGGACAUCCUGCAGCAGCAGGAUGAAGCCGAGGAACUUCCCUUCAGCUCGUGUAGUUCGCCUACAAAAUGUGAGGAAUCGGACGCCCGAAGCUCGCCCAAAGCGUUCGAUCCGUCGCAGCCAUCGACGUCCAAAGCAGGGAUAUCAUCUAGCAGCCAAAAAUUAGAGUUCUCCUAUAACGAUGUAGAUCGGACAUAUGGGGUGGAGGUGUGAGGUGUCCCCGCACACCCACCGCGCGGAAAAUGCCACAAGACCGAAUUAACAAAACAUGACAAUUUUCGUACAGGAGUAAGUAGCGAAGUAGUGUGAUGUAGCACUCCUGUCUGCUGGAAACAGAUUGGGGGAUUUCGCGCCGAAACGGAACACACAAACACACACACAUGUGGACGGAGACCUGGAAGGUAUUUUAUUGUUUUUUGUUUUAAUUUUAGAAGCCAACUUUGCGCUUUAGUUCUGCGAACCAAAGCUCUACGUGCAUUUACGUUUUAAGAUUUUAAUAAUGAAGCCACUGUUAGACACGCGCGAAGAUCAGUAAUGUUAUACACAUAUAGAUAUUUUUUGCAACACUUUUGUGUGUAAUCAAUCAAUGGAUUUUGGUUUGUCGCCGGGAGGGGCGACACUUACAAUUAAUUUGAGCCAGUGAGCGUAAAAAGUUUAGAGGAAAAAAGAAACUUUUUGAUGGCACGCGUGCCAUCGCCCAAUUGUGAAUGUAUAUAGGAGGAGAUGUUGUAAUAUGACUGUUGUUAAAUUAUAGCUUCGAGGAAACGUUCUUGUAGAGUCAAGUUUCAUGUGCAAUAACCUUGUAAAUAUAACUGAAAUCGACAAGAACACAUAUUUUAAUGAAGAGGGGAAAGAACAAUUUUUCGAUUCUAAUGAGCAAAGUUGCUAUGGUUUAUGGGUUACGUAAAACUUUUACCGUCGAAAAAUACAGGAUUUCCAAACAAUAUGCUGUCAAAAGUUUUAAAGUUUUGAAGAGUGGUUUCUGGUUCGAAGUGUUUCAUGCCAUUCUCCAGAAAUAUAAGGAUAUAUCUCAAAAAGUGUGAGGAUAAUGAUACCGGAACGGGCAUAUCCGGUGAACUCAAAGUACUUGACGAUGUCUAUUUUCUUCGCAACGGGAUUUAGCUCCCAGUACGCACAAACCUCGGAGCGCAGUUGCGUUAGGCUAAGGAGACAUUGGCUCGGAGUACGUACGAAAAUUUGAUUGUGCGAUAACUGACGAAGAGAAACAAACAAUUUUGUUCGAUAGAAGCUGGCGAAUUCGAACGAUACAAGGCAAAAUAACCACACCUGUACAACUCAAUGUGGUUGUUUACUUUCACUAUUGCAUUCAAUUCGUACGACCACUUUUCAGCAUCCAGUGUCACUGCCGCCUUAUUGUUUUCACUAUACUUCCGCAGUUCAACUUAUGGCGCUGUAAAAUUUUGUUUCAAAACACAUGGGUUACUAUGAUUGACGAUGCACAAGUGGUCUCAUCACCAGGUGUUAAGUCAUUGUUACACUUUGGUACGAUGGGGAAAAUUGUUCAUAAGCAUCAGAACUACUGUUUGCACAAAUGUCUUAUGUCAUUUGAAUAAUCGCAUAAGUGUCUCAAGCGACAAAAUCUUUGUUUAUGUGCAUUUCCAAAUGAAAUCGAACUAAGAAUGC